AUGGGCGGGCUCGAGGAGAUCAGGAACGAGGCCGUCGAUCUGGAGAACAUCCCCAUCGAGGAGGUGUUCGAGCAGCUGAAAUGCACGCGCCAGGGGCUCACCUCCGAUGAGGGGGCGCAGCGUGUUGAAAUCUUUGGUCUCAACAAGCUCGAAGAGAAGAAGGAGAGCAAAGUCCUCAAGUUCCUGGGAUUCAUGUGGAAUCCGCUGUCCUGGGUCAUGGAGAUGGCUGCCAUCAUGGCCAUCGCGCUGGCCAACGGUGGUGGGAAGCCCCCGGAUUGGCAGGAUUUCGUCGGAAUCAUCGUUCUCCUGGUCAUCAACUCCACCAUCUCCUUCAUUGAAGAGAACAACGCCGGCAACGCUGCUGCUGCGCUCAUGGCCAACCUUGCACCCAAGACAAAGGUGCUUAGGGAUGGUCGAUGGGGCGAGCAGGAGGCUUCAAUCUUGGUUCCUGGUGACAUUGUCAGCAUCAAGCUCGGUGACAUCGUCCCUGCUGAUGCUCGUCUCCUCGAGGGUGAUCCUUUGAAGAUUGAUCAGUCUGGACUUACAGGAGAGUCUCUCCCUGUGACCAAGAACCCUGGGGAUGAGGUCUUUUCUGGAUCAACGUGCAAGCAGGGUGAGAUUGAGGCUGUGGUCAUUGCCACUGGAGUACACACUUUCUUUGGCAAGGCUGCUCAUCUCGUUGACAGCACCAACCAAGUUGGGCACUUCCAGCAGGUCCUCACUGCAAUCGGAAACUUCUGCAUCGUUUCGAUCGCAGUGGGAAUCGUCAUUGAGAUCAUCGUCAUGUUCCCGAUCCAGCGCCGCAAGUACCGUGCCGGUAUUGAGAACCUGUUGGUCCUGUUGAUCGGUGGUAUUCCGAUUGCCAUGCCUACAGUUUUGUCGGUCACCAUGGCCAUUGGUUCUCACAAGUUGUCCCAGCAGGGUGCUAUCACCAAGAGGAUGACUGCCAUUGAAGAGUUGGCUGGCAUGGAUGUGCUUUGCAGUGAUAAGACUGGCACACUCACCCUUAACAAGCUCAGUGUUGACAAGAACCUGGUUGAGGUGUUUGCGAAAGGUGUCGACAAAGAACAUGUGCUGUUGUUGGCUGCAAGGGCUUCAAGGGUUGAAAACCAGGAUGCCAUUGAUGCUUGCAUGGUUGGUAUGCUUGCUGAUCCUAAGGAGGCAAGAGCUGGCAUCAGGGAAGUGCACUUCUUGCCAUUCAACCCUACUGACAAGAGGACUGCUCUGACUUACAUCGAUGCUGAGGGUAACUGGCACCGUGCCAGCAAGGGUGCUCCUGAGCAGAUUAUUACCCUGUGCAACUGCAAGGAGGAUGUGAAGAGAAAGGUGCACUCUGUGAUUGAGAAGUACGCUGAGCGUGGGCUUCGUUCGCUUGCUGUUGCAAGACAGGAAGUACCCGAGAAAUCCAAGGAUUCUCCUGGUGGACCAUGGCAAUUCAUUGGUCUGUUGCCCCUGUUUGAUCCCCCAAGGCAUGACAGUGCUGAGACCAUCCGCAAGGCACUUGUUCUUGGUGUCAACGUCAAGAUGAUCACAGGUGACCAACUUGCUAUUGGAAAGGAGACUGGUAGGAGGCUUGGGAUGGGCACAAACAUGUAUCCUUCUUCUGCAUUGCUUGGCCAAAGCAAGGAUGGUUCACUUGAGUCACUUCCUGUUGAUGAGCUGAUUGAGAAGGCUGAUGGAUUUGCCGGAGUCUUCCCUGAGCACAAGUAUGAGAUUGUGAAGAGGCUGCAAGAGAAGAAGCACAUCGUUGGUAUGACUGGAGAUGGUGUCAAUGAUGCUCCUGCUCUUAAGAAGGCCGACAUUGGUAUUGCUGUCGAUGAUGCUACAGAUGCUGCUCGAAGUGCUUCCGACAUUGUGCUUACCGAGCCAGGUCUCAGUGUCAUUAUCAGUGCUGUCCUGACCAGCAGGUGCAUUUUCCAGAGGAUGAAGAACUCAAUGCUCUUUUUCUGUCAUGUGUUGUGCCAGAUCUAUGCAGUUUCCAUCACCAUCCGUAUUGUGCUUGGCUUUAUGCUUAUUGCCUUGAUCUGGAAAUUUGAUUUCGCCCCCUUCAUGGUCCUUAUCAUUGCCAUCCUCAAUGAUGGUACUAUCAUGACAAUAUCCAAGGACAGAGUUAAGCCAUCUCCCUUGCCCGACAGCUGGAAGCUCAAUGAAAUCUUCGCCACUGGUGUUGUGCUCGGAACCUACCUUGCCCUGAUGACUGUCGUCUUCUUCUGGGUUAUCCACAAGACAGACUUCUUCACAAACAAAUUCGGUGUCAGGCCAAUCAGGGACAGCGAGUUUGAGAUGAUGUCUGCACUGUACCUCCAAGUCAGUAUUGUGAGCCAGGCUCUUAUAUUCGUGACUCGUUCACGUAGCUGGUCCUUUGUUGAGCGCCCUGGUUUCCUCUUGGUUACCGCCUUCCUUCUUGCACAAUUGGUUGCAACACUCAUCGCUGUCUAUGCCAACUGGGAGUUUGCAAGGAUCAAGGGAAUCGGGUGGGGCUGGGCUGGUGUUAUCUGGCUCUUCAGCAUUGUGUUCUACUUCCCACUUGACAUUUUCAAGUUCUUCAUCCGAUUUGUGCUGAGUGGAAGGGCCUGGGACAACCUCCUGCAGAACAAGACUGCUUUCACCACCAAAGAGAACUACGGCAAAGGGGAGAGGGAAGCACAAUGGGCUACUGCACAGAGAACACUCCAUGGCCUUCAAGCACCCGAGCCGGCCUCCCACACACUGUUCAACGACAAGAGCAGCUACCGUGAGCUCUCUGAGAUCGCUGAGCAAGCAAAGAGAAGAGCUGAGAUUGCAAGGUUGAGGGAGCUCAACACACUCAAGGGCCACGUUGAAUCCGUGGUGAAGCUCAAGGGCCUUGACAUCGACACCAUCAACCAGAACUACACCGUGUGA